ACUGUAUAAAACAUACUUCACCAAAUCGUAACACAGGUCCUGAGGUAAGAAGACGACUUCGCACCAUGGCGGCCCCUCUCACUGACCAGGAAAAACGCAAACAGAUAAGUAUCAGAGGAAUCGUCGGGGUAGAAAAUGUCGCGGAGAUCAAGAAAGGAUUCAAUCGGCACUUGCAUUUCACUUUGGUGAAAGACAGAAAUGUAGCCACUCCAAGAGACUACUAUUUCGCUCUCGCGCACACUGUGCGUGACCACCUGGUCGGUAGAUGGAUCCGAACGCAACAGUUUUACUACGAAACCGACCCAAAGCGGGUUUAUUACCUUUCACUGGAAUUCUAUAUGGGCCGAGCACUGCAGAAUACCAUGAUCAACCUGGGACUGCAGAACGCCUGUGAUGAAUCUAUCUAUCAGUUGGGUUUGGAUAUGGAGGACCUGGAGGAGAUGGAGGAGGAUGCAGGUCUGGGGAACGGGGGGCUGGGUCGACUGGCAGCUUGCUUCCUUGACUCAAUGGCUACUCUUGGCUUGGCUGCAUAUGGGUAUGGCAUUCGCUAUGAGUAUGGAAUCUUCAACCAGAGGAUCAAAGAUGGCUGGCAGGUGGAGGAGGCUGAUGAUUGGCUGCGUCAUGGUAAUCCCUGGGAGAAGGCCCGGCCUGAGUACAUGCUACCAGUACACUACUACGGGAGGGUAGAGGAGACGGAGGAGGGGUCAAAGUGGGUUGACACUCAGGUGGUUUUGGCAAUGCCUUAUGACACCCCUAUUCCUGGCUACAUGAAUAACACAGUUAACACCAUGAGGCUGUGGUCCGCUCGUGCCCCUAAUGACUUUAAUCUCAAAGACUUCAAUGUUGGAGAUUACAUCCAGGCUGUGCUCGACAGAAAUCUUGCAGAGAACAUUUCCCGGGUGCUGUACCCCAAUGACAAUUUCUUUGAGGGGAAGGAGCUACGGCUUAAGCAAGAGUAUUUUGUGGUGGCUGCUACUCUUCAGGAUGUGAUUCGCAGAUUCAAGACCUCAAAAAUGAGUAGCGGAGGCCCUCUGUCCUUUGAUACCUUCCCUGACAAGGUGGCGAUCCAGCUUAACGACACCCAUCCCGCAAUGGCCAUCCCUGAGCUCAUGAGAAUCUUUGUGGAUAUUGAGAAGUUGGACUGGGACACGGCCUGGGAUAUCACAAAACGCACAUUUGCCUACACCAAUCACACUGUCCUCCCUGAAGCUCUGGAGCGCUGGCCUGUGGAACUGCUGGAGACGCUGCUGCCGAGACACUUGCAGAUCAUCUACCGCAUCAACCAGGCCCAUCUGGAUCACAUAGCAUCUCUGUUUCCUGAGGACCUGGACCGUAUCCGCCGCAUGUCCCUGAUCGAAGAGGAUGGAGGCAAGAGGGUGAACAUGGCCCAUCUGUGCAUCGUGGGCUCCCAUGCUGUCAACGGUGUGGCCGAAAUACACUCCAACAUCAUCAAAACUGAUAUAUUCCGUGACUUCAGCGAGCUCGAACCAGACAAGUUCCAGAACAAAACAAACGGAAUCACUCCCCGACGCUGGCUGUUGCUAUGCAACCCUGGUCUGGCUGACCUGAUCGCUGAGGCUAUUGGGGAGGACUAUGUGAAGGAUCUGAGUCAGCUACAGAAACUGAAUGAGUUUGUGGACGAUGAUGCUUUCAUCAGAGAUGUGUCAAAAGUCAAGCAGGAUAACAAGCUGAAGUUUGCACAAUACCUGGAGAAUGAGUACAAGGUGAAGAUCAACCCUGCCUCCAUGUUUGAUGUCCAUGUGAAGAGGAUCCACGAGUACAAGCGUCAGCUGCUCAACUGCCUGCACAUCAUUACUAUGUACAACCGGAUUAAGAAAAAUCCCAAUGCUGCUUUCAUUCCACGCACUGUCAUCAUCGGUGGAAAGGCUGCUCCAGGGUAUCACAUGGCCAAGAUGAUCAUCAAACUUAUCACCUCUGUGGCAGAUGUGGUCAACAAUGACCCUGUGGUGGGCAACAAACUGAGGGUCAUCUACCUAGAGAACUAUAGGGUGUCUCUUGCUGAGAAAGUGAUCCCUGCCACAGACCUGUCUGAGCAGAUCUCCACAGCGGGAACGGAGGCGUCAGGAACAGGCAACAUGAAAUUCAUGCUGAACGGUGCCCUCACCAUCGGCACCAUGGAUGGUGCCAACGUGGAGAUGGCCGAGGAGGCGGGCGAGGAAAACCUCUUCAUCUUUGGCAUGAGAGUAGACGAUGUGGCCGAGAUGGACAAAGCCGGCUAUGACGCCAUGAAGUAUUACAAAGAGUUGCCUGAGCUGAAGCAAGUCAUCGAUCAGAUCAAGAGCGGCUUCUUCUCCCCACGCCAGCCUGAGCUUUUCAAGGAAAUCAUCGACAUGCUCUUCAAUCAUGACCGGUUCAAAGUUUUUGCCGAUUUUGAAGAUUACAUCAAAUGCCAGGAGAGAGCUAAUGUUCUCUACCAGGAUCAAAAAGAGUGGACCAAGAUGGUGAUCAAGAAUAUUGCUGCUUCUGGAAAAUUCUCUAGUGACCGCACAAUCACCGACUAUGCCACUGAAAUUUGGGGUGUGGAGCCCACAGACCUGAAGAUUCCCCCCAGCGAGCCCCGUGAGGCCAUUGAGGAGGCAGCUCGUGCCUUAAAGUUGUAACGGUCUUCGUCAUCAAAAUGGGCGUUAAGUGCUCCAAUGCCUUGUACUUCUUUUACUUACAGUUUAGAAAAUGUGUCUGCUCUACAGAUUACAUACCACCAGUAAUUGAACUUCUGUCAGUCUGGUUCAAUGCCACAGAGCUACUUAUUCUGCACUUUUCCACCUGAAACUUCUGAUGUUAUUAACAGACUAUUGUGUGAUAGUUUGCUGUCUAAGUACAUCAUAAAGCCAGAGUAAAUUAUUUUGCACUUCAAUUCUGAGGAUUUAGGACACUGCGAUCUGUAGUUAUCAAAUCUAUGUUUGCUGUGUAAGUGCCGUUAAGAAAUUAUGAUUGUUAGUUAACUUCUCAGAACACUUAAGUAUUUCUGUUUUCAUAGUCAGAAGCAUUAUGCUUGUUUCUUUGGGUUUUUUUGCGAUUUCUAAUAUCCAACUAUUUCUUGAGAGCACCCAAACAUUAUUUUCAACUGUUUACUCUUAUGAAACUGUUACAAUAAACCUUACAGUUACAGCCA